AUGCAACUGGUGAUCAAUACACCAAGUUCUUAUUUUCGUGUCAUGGACAAUUUUACCGGUUUGAUAGAAUUUAUACCCGGUGUAAUUUGGUCAUUAUUUUAUACUACGUGGACACAAGCCGAAUCGUUGCAGUUCCGUCAAAUCAUUGUGACGUUAUGUGUUUUGGCGUGGUCGAUACGAUUAGGUGGAUUUUUGGUCUAUCGAAUGCUUUUUCUGUGUCCAUUGGAUACUCGUAUCGAAGACUUGGCGAAGAAACACGGACAACUAGCUGUUGUUGGUUUUUGGUUCGGUCCACACGCAUUCUGGUCCGUUAUUUGUUGCUUACCAGUCGCGCUACUCCAUGCUUUUCCGAUCUCAAAUGUUAAAUUCAGUAUCUUAGACUUGCUCGGAUUAGCCUUUUGGCUGUGUGGAUUCAUUAUGGAAGGAUUUGCAGACGGAAAAAAAUUGAAGGCGAAACUUGUUGGAAAGAAGGAGAAAUAUUAUCAUCUUGGUUCAAUGUGGAACUAUUGUCGAAAUCCGAAUCAUUGUGGUGAAGUCUUUUGCUGGUUGGGAUUAUCAAUUGUAGCUCUCAAUCUCUUUUGCUAUCAUCCUUUAUAUCGAUAUAAUUUUUGGAUGUUAAUUUUAUCACAGUUCAGUCCAUUAUUCACACUGUUUGCUAUGCUAUGUGAAGCUAGUUUGUCAUCGGAGAUUAGUAAUAAUAAACGUUAUGGUAACCAAAUAGAUUAUCGUCAAUAUCGGAAGCGGACAUCAAUUCUCUGGCCAACUCAUCCAGAGCUUUAUAUUCGUUUACCCAGAUGGAUGAGAAAAACGAUCUUUUUUGAGUGGAAUAUGUACAAUAAAGGAUUGAAACAGAUGACAAAUUGA